UUUUAGGGCAGGAGAACAGACCAGAAGCGAUUAUUGUAGAGGGGGAAGAAGACAACAGAUUAGCUUCAAGCAGCGGAAACGAAGUCGAUACUGCCAUGAACACAGAGAGAUUAGCUUCAAGAAGCAGAGGAUCAUCGUUCUCUUAUUCUGACAACGAGUGACCAAAUUUUACUAGGCGAUAUCAGCCGUCCGAUCAAGAAAGGACAGUCGAGAUUGAUGAGUUGAGCAACGGACGGUGGAUAGGUUGCUCCCGCGUUGGGGCCCGUCGAGAUUAAGGUUCUUAGUGGUGCUACAAAAGCUUAGCGCUGCUCCUCGCCGGCCGAGCGGCGAGGGAUUAUGGAUUCGUGCGAUCGAGCUUGAGAGGGGCGAGCACGGAGAGAUGGGGCACUCGAACGUGUGGAACUCGCAUCCCAAGAAUUACGACCCUGGGUCUCGGUGUUGCGGAGUUUGUGGGAAUCCUCAUGGACCGAUAAGGAAGCAUGGACUUAUGUGUUGCAGACAGUGCUUCUGCAGUAAUGCCAAAGAAAUUGGAUUCAUUAAGAUUGUGCAGUACCACUGAAGGUGUUUGUUUUCAUUGAGAUUCAGCCUCUGGAAUGCUUCAUCCACCUGGAACAGUAUGUGCAUCAGACUCAUCAAGUCAUUAUUGGCAUUCUUGUCCAAGCCUCGGAUGUGAUGGUUUGCGUCACAACUUAUUUUUUUACCAAUUCAGCUUCAUCCAUCUGCCCAAUUAAUGAUUGAUUAGAGUAUUGAUUCUUGAUAAUUUGAUAUUUGAUGAUAUUCUGUAUAUGUUUUAAA